UUUCCAGCAGUCAUAUGAAAGUUGUUCAUUUUCAAGAACUGACCCAUUCUUCAAGAAUGACUUCUAAGAAUAUGCAAAUCUACUUUGUUCUAUAAGAUCUUUGUCCUCUGUGUAAGCUCUGAGCAGCUAUGGACAACAAAAACAAUUCUUUUUUACUCCUUUCUUUGCUGUACUUAUGCUUCUCUCUCAAAACCCAUCUUUCCUUAGGAGCUGACACCAUCUCUGCAAAUCAAUCCCUCUCUGGAGACCAAACAAUUUCCUCUUCAGAUGGGAACUUUGUGCUAGGCUUCUUCAAACCAGGUAAUAGUUCCAACUAUUACAUAGGCAUAUGGUACAAAAAAGUGACCGAACAAACUCCUGUUUGGGUUGCAAACAGGGAAACACCAGUUUCUGAUAAAAACUCUGCAGAGCUAAAAAUCUUGAAUGGUAAUUUGGUACUGGUUAAUGGAUCCAAUACUUCAAUUUGGUCCACAAAUAUUAGUUCCAGCAAGUCCAAUUCUGUGGUAGCAUUUCUCCGGGAUGAUGGUAAUUUAAUCUUGAGAGAUGGGUCUAAUUCAACACCACCACUUUGGCAAAGUUUUGAUAUCCCUGGCAAUACUUGGUUGCCUGGUUCUAAACUUUCUUACAACAAAAUUACCAAUAGAAAGCAGCUUCUUACUUCAUGGAAGAGCUUGGAAGAUCCUUCACCUGGGUUGUUUUCUCUUGAGCUGGAUCCAAAUGGUAGCCAGUAUAUUAUAAGGUGGAAUAGAACUGAGCAAUACUGGACCAGUGGACCAUGGAAUGGCCAAAUUUUCAGCGGGGUGCCUGAAAUGAGGUCCAACUUCAUUUACAAUUUUAGCUAUGAGGACAAGCCGAAUGAAAGCUAUUUUACAUAUUCUGUUAAUAAUGCUUCUAUCAUUUCAAGAUUCAUUAUGGAUGUCUCUGGACAGAUUAAGCAACUCAAUUGGUUGGAUAAUUCAGAUCAGUGGAAUCUGUUCUGGUCUCAACCAAGAUCACAAUGUGAAGUUUAUGCUUAUUGCGGGCCAUUUGCUACCUGUCGAGAGAACUUGCGGCCCUUUUGUAAUUGCUUGGAUGGUUUCAAGCACAGUUCAGAGGCUGAUUGGACUCAAAAUGAUUAUUCUAGAGGCUGUGAGAGGAAAACGAAGUUGCAAUGUGGCAACGCUAAUGGGGAGAAAGAUGGAUUUUGGAUGUAUACCCAGAUGAAAGUACCCAAACAAUUUCAGCUUGUUGCUGCCGGGAGUGCUGAAGAAUGUCAAUCAACCUGCUUGAAUAAUUGCAAUUGCACUGCUUAUGCUUAUGACAAUUCGUGCUCAGUUUGGAAGAGCGAGCUCUUGGAUAUGCAGCAAUUCUCACAAAAUGAGGGUAAGGGCGAGACAAUCUUUGUCAGAUUAGCUGCAUCUGACAUCCCAAAAUCCAAGAGUAAAAAGGGAAUUGGAAUUGGUGUUUCUCUGGGGUCUGCUGCUGCCGUAGUGGUCCUUUUAGGCAUUCUUUUUGUUGUAUUCCAGAGAUGGCGUAGGCAUAUUGUUGGAAGUGGAAAAUCAGUGGAGGGUUCAUUGGUGGCAUUUGGUUACAAAGACUUGCAACAUGCUACCAAAAAUUUCUCAGAGAAGUUAGGGGGUGGAGGUUUUGGUUCUGUUUUCAAAGGGAAACUAUCUGAUUCAUCUGUUAUUGCGGUUAAGAGGCUCGAUAGCAUCAACCAGGGAGAGAAGCAAUUUCGAACAGAAGUCAGCACAAUCGGGACAAUCCAACAUGUUAAUCUUGUACGCCUUCGUGGAUUUUGCUCUGAAGGUAACAAGAAGCUGCUGGUUUAUGAUUACAUGGAAAAUGGUUCCCUGGAUUCACAUCUUUUUACCGAGAAGCAGUCAGAUGUUAUGGAUUGGAAAACAAGGUACCAGGUGGCGCUGGGGACAGCUAGAGGCUUGACUUAUCUCCAUGAGAAGUGCAGGGACUGCAUUAUACACUGUGACAUAAAGCCUGAAAACAUCCUUCUUGAUGCACAACUAUGCCCCAAAGUAGCAGAUUUUGGCCUGGCAAAGCUUGUUGGGCGCGACUUUAGCAGAGUGCUUACUACUAUGAGAGGAACAAGAGGUUAUCUUGCACCUGAAUGGAUAUCAGGGGUGGCCAUUACAGCCAAAGCUGAUGUUUAUAGCUAUGGCAUGAUGCUUUUGGAAAUCGUAUCAGGGAGGCGAAACUCGGAGCAGUCUCAAGAUGGAAAAGUGAAAUUCUUCCCUAGUUGGGCUGCACGUGUAUUAGCUGAUGAAGGCGACAUUCUUAGCCUAUUGGACUAUAGGCUGGACAGAGUUGCUGACGCUGAGGAGGUGUCAAGAAUCUGUAAAGUUGCUUGUUGGUGCAUCCAAGAUGAUGAAUUACAAAGGCCCUCGAUGGGGCAGGUUGUUCAGAUUCUUGAAGGAGUUUUGGAGGUGAAUUUGCCUCCUAUCCCACGCUCUCUUCAAGUUUAUGCAGACAACGAUGAGCACAUAGUGUUCUUCACUGAGUCAUCCUCGAGCCAGACUAGUUCACAAGCUCAGAGCAAGACUUCAAGUGCAACAUCUCAAUCCAAAAGCACCACAGAGUCUAUGAAUUCCAGGUCUUGAAGAUGACUUUCAACUACCACUUGCAAUGUAUAUUACUAGUAACUAAUUCGAAUUACCUAUGCUUAGCUCUGUAAAACCAUUUCAUGCUUAGACCUAGCAUCGUCUGUUGAGUUUCCUGGGUUCGCUACUUGUUAUUCUAUUUCAUUUCAUGCUUUUGGCAA